AUGUGCGGGUCACGCCAGCAGAGUAGGCCCAGAUCGAGAGCAAGAUUAGGCUUGCAAUUCCUAUACUCCAACGCCAACUUUGAAAUGUUUUCAGAACACCUGCGAUGAAACACCACACAUAUUCCUAUAUAGAGCUGUGCUUUAAAUAUACUGGUAUACACAUCUAUACAUUGAUAACAGUUGUUUGUAUAUUUUGUCUUUAGAAGUGUCACAGUUUUUUCAGUAUGCACUUAGAGUACUUGGAAGGUGUGUAAAAAUAAUACUAAUAAAAACACUAUGAAAUAUUUCCCUGCAAUGCCCUGAAAGUGGCAUGUAAACCCAUACGCUCUUCUCUGCAGAGGAAAACCCACGAAUAAAAUCACCUACCAUUAGAUGGAGUAAAAUGAGCUGAUCACGAAAGUCGCUGUCGAUUAUCAUUGUCUUGUUAGUCACCAGUUCUGUAUAUUUGACUGUGCGUUUGCAAUUCUUUGCAAUUUCUCAAACAACAGAAAGAGUAGUCUAAAAUCAUUGAAAAUCAACUGCAUGUAGUGCAUUCAUCUAUGUAUGUUUUGUUAAUCAGCGGAAGCAACUAAACUUUCGAAAGUAGUUUUGAAAGUGUUGACGAUGUGUUUUACUAAUUUCAAGUUCUUAUUGAUUUGUAUAAACUAUAUUUUGAUGUUUAGUAUGUGUUAAUUACUUUUCUAGUCGCUUUACUCCAUCAGUGUCAAAAGAUGAAUUCCAGGUUAUCGAGCGUAUGAAAAGACAAUGUAUGUACUGCUUACUAGCUGAUAUUCCUUCCACUUGUAAAUUUUUCGUUGCAAAAUAAUGUUUUCAAAUUAUUGUAUUACAGUUACUAUAAUACUACGUUCUUGAACCUCUUUUUAUAAAAACUUGCUUUAACCACACACAGGCCAAAUAAAUAAAUUAAAUAUGUAUUGAUCAAUGUCAAUCGGUCAACAUUGCGACACACGGAAUGACCAUAAUGGUGUGUGGAAUUGUGUGAGGUGUUUUAAGUGCCUUGAUCUAGCACAAUAAAAACUAGGAUAUAUUUAUGCCAUUAUUUUCACAAAGCAUGGAAAACCAUUGUUGUUCUAAGCAGCAUGAAAAAAUAUAGCUCAAAUAUAGUAAGAAUUUUACUCACAACACAGUAUACGUACAGUUCAGAGUACAUAUAGAUGAUGUAAAAUUAAACUUGGUAUUGAUUUUUUUAUUGUUAACAGUUGUACAUGACCAUAGGGAAACAGAUGCUGCUCUUUUAAGUGAAUUAUACAGCAAAAUAUCGUCAAAGGUAAUAAGUGUAUUUUAACUUAUGUUACAAGUACAACUCGUACAUUACUGCUAAAAUCGGUCGUUUCGAAUACACCAUUUCGAUAAUUACAUCACAAAUCUCUUCUUGGCCUGGGAGCCUCGUUCUCAUGAAUCGUGAGCCAAUGGCCUUUCGUCUUGGUUCAUGAGAGCGAGGCUCCCAGGCGAAGAAAGUAGUCAUGACGUAUUAUCGAAAACGUGUAUUGUAUUCAAAUACACACUGACACACUUUCAAUUUUAAAAAGUUGCGGAAAAUCUUUCGUUUUCACUUGAAUGUUCAGAAGAAGUUUUCAAAAAUCUUCUGGAAGAUAUUUUCUUGUGUUGGUUUGAUAUGAUUUCUCAUAUCACUAGAUUACAUUGAUAUCGAAGGAACUAGACUCAGUUCCGAAAUAUCACAUACUCGAACCGACCUGACCGCGUAGCUCAGUUGGCAGAGCAUUGGACUGGUGUUGUUCCAAAGGUCGUAGGUUCGAUUCCCACCGUGGCCUGGCAUAUUUUCAAGCCUGCCCGGUGUGGAUAAUACACUCAGAGUAACAUCACAAGCAUCUUCUGGAAGAUAUAAAACAGGUACCUGUCCAGGCAUACAAUUUGGUGUUAUAUAUAGGCUACGGCUACGAACAUGGUCUGUCGCGCAGGUCAUGCUAUGUGUAUUUUGAUUGUACAGAAUAUUCUAGUAUAACAAUUGCAUGUCCUGAUUGGCAAUUGAGUGAUCUGUUGUAUUAUAAGAAAAGGAAUCUGCGAUUUGUAAUGAAAAUUUUCUAUCUAUACCGUACUUUAAGAAAAACAUGUAACUAGUUUAUCAGAAAACAGCCAAAAUCUAAUCAAAGACUUCAGUUGUUUCUUCUUUGAAUUUUAGAGCACCCUGAAGAAUCGUUGGUCGAUAUUGUAUUUACUGUCAAUUCUUCGUAAUAAAGAUCGUGAUGACGGUGAUUCAGCACGCAAGGUUUAUUAAAUAAUAAUAUAAAUUGUACUUUUGUUCACAGUUCGCUUAUCACCAUGUUAUUACUCAAAUUACUAGUGCGCAACCCCCCCCCCCCACCCAGUAAAUCCAUCCUUGGUUUGACUUAAUAGACAUACAGAGCCUUAGUUACAGCCAGUGGUUGCGGCAAACCAUUAUAUUAUCCUAAUUUGGCCAUACCCGAUGGGAAGUUCACCACCAUGUCAAUACGCCUUUCCGGAAAGUACCGAGCCGUGGCUAUACAGCCUCGUUUCCGUGAUUGAGACAUUGGUUUUAGAGCUCUUAAUUCCUGUUACUGAUGACAUAAUCUUAAACAGAUCUUUCAUAUUCAAUGUAUGGCUUCUUCGUAAAUGUGUCACCUGUAACAAGAUAACUGCUCUUAACCCAACAUGCCAAUCUCUAUAGCCAAGACUGAGCACUUUCCGGAAGGGUGUAUUCCAACCUCUUUUCAAAAGGAAGGCAACAUACAGUGUGUGCCUUGCUUCUGCUACUACCUGAGCCUGAGGUAAUGAUCGUUAAGAGACAGACCAGUUUCGUUUUGAAGGGCGUGGCUUUUCCCAGGAUAGAUUUUCUUGCGCAAGUUUAUAAUUUUGGCGUUUGUCGGGAGGGUAAUUUCAUGCCCCUAUUUGAUAAUUAAUACCCACUCUUGAGAGAGUCUGACUGAUUCUGAUAAGAAAAGAGAGGGAAACGUAGGCCUGUUCAAAUACAUUAAAAGUAUUUUGUAGCCUAUACAAUCUCUUAAUAUAAAGAAGUGCCCAGAAAUAAUAACAUCUGAUCAAGUGUCAAACACAUUGUUUGUAAACACAUUACAGGUAAACUACGUGAAGCGUUCCUCUUUUGAGUUUCUAAAUUGAUUGCAAUUUUCCUCAUUACUUUUGCAUUUUAAAAAACUCCCUUGCAAAUCCUUUGAGGAAAUUUGCAAUGUUGCUGACAGCCAAUUAAAUUUUCCUCAGUUCCUGUUAGAAGUUCCUAACUUCCUGUUACAAGUUCCUAACUUCCUGUUCUGUUCUGGGCGUUGCAAUUGGCUAACAAAAAUAAUCGACCAAUAACAACGCUUGGAACAGAACAGGAAGUUAGGAAAUUAAAACAGGAAGUUAGGAAAAUUUAAAAUGAAGUUUGUUUGCAUUGGAAUAUUGCAACAGUCGAUAGGAACAUUGCAAAUUCCCUCGAAGGAUUUGCAAAGAGUUUUUCAAAUUUGCAAAGCUAAUGAGGAAAAUUCCAAAUGAGUUAUAAAGUCAAAAGAGGAACGCUUCACGUAGUUUACCUGUAAUAUUAAAUGUUCUUAAAAAUUGAUCUAAGUUUUGUUUUACGUUAAAGAUCAGUGGAAUGCCGGCUUUCUUUGGUCGUGGUUUACCAGCUUUGUCCACAUCUACUCCCCAACAGCCAUUACAACUCACUACAGUCCUACGGGGUCCUUCAACCGAAAGUAGUAGUGGUAUCAGCAGUAUACCUCGCACAGCUCGCACCACGUCCGCUCAUUCUCUGUCUUCCGGUGUACAUUCCUUAACACGUGACCAGACUACGUCGUCCUUAGCAGCAACUUCAUCCAUAGCAACAACAUUAUCUCGCCGGGAAGAGGAAAGUAAAUUUCAAACUCCUGGAAUGAGAACUCUGGAGGAAUAUAGGAAGAAGACGAAAGACAAUAUUGAAAAUAGUAAGGCUUUAAUAAAUGUAUUAGGCUAGUUUUAUAAUGCAAUAAAACGGGAUGGAACUGGUUUCUUUAUACUACCAUACAUCUAACCCUCUGCUCCGCAGGGACCUAUCAUCGUUUUACAACGAGAAACACUCCUGCCUUAACACACUGGAUUACGUGCCGACUCACUAACCUUUAGCGAAAUAUAUAUACUGUAGAUGUGCCUUCUAGCGCUUCUCUUCUCUGUUGACCUUCAUUGAAAAUGGCAGAGUGUGAUCCUCCAUAGAUAAAUCCCACGGAUAAUAAUAUUAUUGCGAACAGACCUGGAAAACUUGGGAAGAACAAGACUGAGAAACAUUUUCAAUUCUUUCACACUUUCUGUACUUUACGGAAAUGACCAGAGUCAGUGAGAGCAUCCAUGUUUGUAGUAUAGUAUACAUGCAAAAUAAAGAAAGUGGACUUGAUAACCCCCCCCCCCCCAAAAAAAAGAAACAACCCAUUCCCAGCCGACAAUUUAAAAUAGUAAAGUAAAAAACAAAUUCGGAAAAGACAAGACACCUUGAGAAUACAAUAUAUGAUUCAAAACAAGACGCAGGUUGACACUGUAAAUUUUCAACUUUAUUUCAAAGUCAAAGUUUGAAAUAAAGUCGAAAAUUUUCAGUCUCAACCUGCGUCUUGUUUUGAAUCAUAUAUUGUAUUCUCAAGGUGUCUUGUCUUUUCGGAAUUUGUUUUUUACUAAACUUGAUAAAUUGUUACACACAAAAUACUGUAAUGUACCGUCAAAUUGUUGCACACAAGUGUUUUUAAGUACUUUUGGAGAUCCGAGGGUCAUUAAACAUGUUUCCAGGUCUGUUCAUGUAAGCACAUUUCGUUCUGCGUCUUCAGCUUCGUUUCCAUUUGGUCGCAACGGUCGUGAACAUAAAAAUAAACGAUCCAGACUAUCAUUGAAUAUGUCGACCAAAUGAAUUAAGAAAUCCAGGUUGAAACCAAGCUUUACUGAUUGAACUAUUCUUAUUCAACAGUGUCGUUUGAAGCAUCCGAUGCGCUACUGAUUCGAGACUUGAUUUACGUAUUUCAAGGAAUUGAUGGCAAGCUGAUAAAAUAUGAUCAAAUAGAUGACGGUUACAGAAUCGAACGUAGUGUAGGUGUGCCAUAUACUACUCGAGCUCUGGUGAAUAAAUUAUCUGAGUUAGGUUGGUUGUUUACCAAGAUCCGUCGUUAUCUCGACGCAAGGACUGGUGACAAAGCGUUAGGUCUAGUUGGUCAGAGUUUCUGUGCUGCAUUACAACAGGAACUUACAGAGUAUUACCGUUUGAUAGCAGUAUUUGAAGCUCAACAACAACAUUUGACAGACGCAGGACUCGGUGGUGAAACAUGUAGUAAUUCACUGACAUUGAGAAGACUUUUAGUGUGGACAUAUACUCCUUUGUUAAGACUCAAGACUUUGGCUGCUUUAGUGGAAAUUUGUAAAGGUAACGUAGAAAUAUAACAUUGAUUAGGAAAGAUAUCAUACACUCCUAAAACCAUACAAUUUGACCAGGACAUAUAGCCAGGGGUGGAUUUAUAGGGGGGUGCACAGGGGUGCGCACCCCUGUUGGCCUUGGUUAAUGCCCAUAUGGCAGAAAAUGGCAUUUCUAGGGUUCUAAUUUUCAAAAUUUCCCUGGUCCCCUAGGAAGCUUGCACCUUCGGCGCUCGAGUCGUUAGGAAGCCAAUUCAUUUGAAUGCUCUCCCACCACCCCCUAAAGAAUAAAGAAACACUCAGCUGCUCACCCAGCACCCCCUUAGAAAAACCUUGCUGGAUCCACCCCUGCAUAUAGCCGUAAAUCAAAUAUUCAUAAAAUAUAUAUUCAAUACUCUUGACGUGCGUUUCACAAUUAUUCGUAGGACUCAUCUACCUUUCUCUCGCAAAUUUAUUUCUUAUCCUGGGCUUGAGCCUGAUUUCUACUAAUUUUACCGGAAAUAUUUAUGUAAGGGAUGUCAAACCUUCAGUUUAGAUACUUGUUAAGAAUCCCAUUCUUAAAGUUGUGAAAUACUUUUGACCUAGUUGGAAUAUUGGUAUUUCCACCAUAAGUUGUUCUAGAAGGCAUUAUAUCAAACAUAUAAGAAAAAAACGUACUCUCGAAUAAUAAUGCCAUCUUGUAAACUAAGAUAUGAAUUAUUUAAAGAACUCACAAAUUAUGGUGGUGAUAUUGCGACUCUAUUUCAGGGUCAUUGUCAAACCAAACCAUGAAAUAGAGUCAAAAUAUCACCACCAUAGUUUUGAUCUUGUUUUCUUUAAAUAACUCGUAUCAUGAGUUUACAAGAUGGCAUUAUUAUUCGCAGUAUAUUUUUUCUUAGAUUUCUUAAAAUUGUUUGCUGGUAAAGGAUUUUCUAUCAAUUGGAUUGUUAUGGUCUUCUGGGUUGCAACGCUUUCUUCUUGAGGGCAUUAUCAAGGAAGGGGACAAAAAUGCGCAGUCAGAAUACGUGAUGCCACUUAAAAGUGCGCAGCCUGAGCCAUGUGCAAUAUUUCCACGAAUUCGCAUCUUCCGAUUUCUAGACCGCCGCUCUACCCAUUGAACUAUCGCGUCAACGGGAAUUGGCAGGAAGUCCAACGUUGUCGAAGCGUAAAGUCACGAAAAUAUUCCGUGCACUUAAAAUGGUAACACUCGCCACCAAUCUCUGUUGACACAUUGUUUCUCUUUAGGUAAGAAAGGAGGUUCACUUCUCUCCGCAAUUCAUUCCUACAUGCAGCACGGUGAUCCGUACGUUAAAGCUCUUGUUAAACAUAUCUUGAACCAAGUCGCAGAACCUGUCAAAAUUAUCUUAUCGAGAUGGAUUUAUGAAGGAGAACUGGACGAUGCUUUUAAUGAGGUAUAUGUAUUAUACGUCAGUUUGUUGGCCUUCCGGCACUUUGGCCUGAUUUCAAAAUUCAAAGGUAAUGAGGAUUAACCAAUUCCACAAUUUGUAAUGCAAAUUCGCUUCGUUCAAGAAAGUCUUCACAAUAAAAAGGGAUUGGUUAAAACAACCAAUUUGAAAGGUUAUCUCAGAUUCAUUGAAUUUGAGACACGCGAAUCAUGGAAUGACACUGUAAAUAUGUUUGUGAUAUAUACAGAGAUUCUUUUAUUAAGUUUCUUUUUUUACAGGUUUCAUUUUGACAGGUUUCAUUUGACAGUAAAUCAUUUCGAUGCCCAAGACGGCUAUAGUCCUCUGAAAUGCAUCUUGUAUGUUAUGACGACGGAUGCCCCCCCCCCCCCCGAUGACGGGGUUGGGGUGCCACCCCGAAAAUAAAAAUCUUGAUGUUUUUUGAGAAGGCAAACUAUGAUGUGGUAUCGCGGCAAUUAAAUGAACGUCAGAAGCAAAAAUGUAUCGAAUAUAACAAUUUAUGGUGGCUAAAAUGAGAAAAGAGGCAAUUUAAGCUUGACCAAUCGGUGGAAAAAUGACUAAAAAAUGACUGUGAAAUUAAGUUUCUGUGUGUCCAAAGAAUCAAAAUGUGGGUUUUCAGCAGUGUGUGACCUAUUAAACUGUAAGAAAUAAAAAAAUGAUGUACACUUGUCCCGAGACUCUCUUGUUUCCCAAGACGAAGUCGAGGGACACCUUGAGAUUCGAGGGGAAACAAAACUAUUUCCCGAGGGAGCAGACAUUAAGUGGUUUGUUAUAUAGCGACGAAAGAAAAAUCAACAACAUGUAUUUCACGACAAAAACUGUUUUUCACAACUGCUCGAUUCUGGUUAGGUCUAAUAAAUGUAUAAAAUUCACACUCGAAUUUCCAUCUACAAAGUCCUUCUACAUUUUACCAUAUACCUUACAGUGUUUUCUUCCUCUCGUAGUUUUUCGUUGCUGCUGAUUACAGUGUUCCAGACGAAAGACUUUGGUUUGAAAAGUACAGCAUUAGAAAAGCCAUGCUACCUUCUUUCAUCUCUCUUGAAUUAGGAACCAAAGUACGUUGCAUACCUUUCAUUAAUUACCAGAAUUAGCUACUUGGAGAAAUAACACGUCUGAAAAGCGAUGUUACUUUCGUACAGAAUACUUGUGCUUCUUGUAAAGUUUAUAUAGAAAUCUAUUUGAUGUACGGUUUUAUUCUGUAGAUAUUGAAUAUUGGGAAAUCGAUAAACUUUAUUCACCAAGUCUGUCACGACCGUUUUACGUUGAAGGAACGCAAAUUGUUAAUCGAAGCAAAUAAAGGUGGGCAUGCGUAAGAGCAUCAAUAUAAAUAACAAGAAUUUUGUACCCCUUGCUAACCUCUUGGUCUUCGAGAUUUGAUUAAAACUCCCAAGUAAUGCAAAGCCUUGCUUGAUAUUUAUUUGCAACUGUUAAAGUACUAUAAAUUAUUCAUAACAACUAUUUUCAUAUAAGAGCUUUAAGGUGCCCUUUACACAGUUAACUGCACAACCUGCAUGUCAUACCUAGAACCAUCAACAAAAAAAGAAAACAAUUGCAGGAAGGGUUAUUAAGGGAGACAUGACAUGUUGUGCAAGUUUAUUCUUUAAAAUUAAUACUGCGAGUUCAAUCUAAGCUUUGGGCAAAUCCAUUUCCCGACUAGAAUUUUUAUACUCUUGCUGGCUUUAGUUUCUUCAGCAGCGAACACUCCUGAUGGAGGACAUGGCAGAUUUCGGAUGCAAGAGGCUUUUUCGAUACAUCAGUGUUGAAAAUAAACAACAUGCCUGCUGAGAAAUGCACAUUUGGCCUAGUUAAGCAAAAUUUUUAAUAUACGAAAUCAGUUGAUUGGUUUUACGUUUACUAUGUUAUUUUAUGGUUGGCAACAGUCGUGGAAAUUUUUCUAAUAAAAUGGAUCGGAGCUGCAUGUGGACUAAGAAAUUGUCGAAAAUGAUCGAUUGCCAGCAGAAACACAAAAAAUAAUCGAUCAUUCGAUUGAAUCGAUCAUUCGAUAGUUGUUUUUGACUAGAAAUAACAACAGAUUAAGAACUACUCGGUCUGAUUUCUCACUAAGUACCCAUUAUAUAAGAACCUAGUGGUUCUUUUAUGCGGGUUUUUACUGUAUACUGGAUCCACGAGAUGAUGGGGCCAGUGUGUGCCCAAGUUCAUCGUUUCAUUUUUUGAAGUUCAUCCUUUCAUUGCUGUUCACUUAGGUUCAACAAAAUUAACAGAUAAGGAAGAUUUUGGUGGCACUGCGCUUCAAGAAGCAAUUGACAUUGCGUACAAAGAAACCAGCAAAUAUCUGUUAGAAAUUCUUGUUAGUAAAUAUAAAUUUGUCGAUCAUCUAAAGGUGAGCUACAUCUUACACUUAAAUUAAGUAGUCACUGCAUGUGCAGUGGCGCGCACUUCGCCAAAUAUUGAGGGGGUGGGGAUUAGGUUGCCACCAUAUACAGAAUUAUCACUCUUUUGUUGCUAGAAGUCUCAGUUCUUUAAACCUUUUUGCUUUAAAUUUCAUGCAGUUUGUUUAAUUAUAGCCUACCAAUGUUUUCAUUGUUGUAAAAUUAUUGUUGCAAAGGGUUUCAGAAACUGAUUAUUGGCGGCGGGGUUGACCUCCCUCACCUUCCUUGUGUCCGCCACUGUGCAUGUGUCUUUCCCUAACGGCAUUCUGCCAGGACCCCAAAACUGGCAGUCCAAAAAUGUCGUGGGUGUAGGCACCAAUAUUUGUGGUGGCGGAAAAAAAGAACGGCGCUUGAAAUCAAUUCUCAGAUACUCAUAAUUCAACAAGCUUUCGUUGGUAGGGAUGCAACUGUCUGAAAAAUAUUUUUCAGGUAGUUGCAUCCCAACCAAGGAAAGCUUGUUCAUAUUAUUGGCACUGCCUACACUGGCAAAGACAGUUCAAUAUUUACUCAUAAUUCAGCAUGUUUUGAAAAAUAGACAUUGAAAUGCGUGCAAUGGCUAAAGCAAAUGGCAGUUAACAACUUUUAAAAUACUCGAGAAAUACCGGGUGGCGCAAAAAAAAGUAUAACUGUUUGAUUACAUAUAGCUCAAAGACCAUAAGCAGUAGAACCCAAAAUCGAGUUUCAUUGCAUCCAGCGAUGUCUAACUUAAAUUUUGGUAUAUUCGACAGGCAUUUUCGUCCAAGAUCGACUGAGAUAUGAGUGUUUAAACUUUUGUUAGCAAAUUUGAAACGGUCACAAAUUAGCUAAAAACGGCCUAUUAAACUGAUUUUUAGCUAAUUUGUGACCGUUUCAAAAUUGUUAACAAAAGUUUAAACUCUUAUAUCUCAGUUAAUCUUGGACGAAUAUGCCUGUCAAAUAUACCAAAAUUUAAGUUAGAUAUCGCUGGAUGCAAUUAAACUCGAUUUAUGGUUCUACUGCUCAUUGUUUCUGAGUUACAAGUAAUCAAACAGUUGUACUUUUUUUUGCGCCACCCGGUAUAUGUUUGUAAGUUGCUAUUUGAAGAAAAUAUUUGCUUAGACCGUCCAUGGCUGUUUAAAUUGUUAUUUUUCAAGAAUGGCCGUCCAUUGGACGCUUCCUAAUAGUACAUGCAAUAACGAUUUAAUCCCCUCCUUGCUGUAGCCUGUUUGUUGUAUUUCGUGUAUUUAUUUUUCUAUCAUUUUCGUAUAGGGAAUGAGAAGAUAUCUUCUUCUAGGCCAAGGAGAUUUUAUUCGUCAUUUGAUGGAUUUACUAGAGUAAGUAUAAAUUGAUCAUGAUUAAUAUUGAAUCUCACAGCUCAGUAUUUUGAAUGUAUAGGAAAAUAAUUCUAGGAUUCAGCUAACAGCAUCAAGAAUUAUCCAGACUUGGGUCGCCACUACCCCAUAUGAACAGGUUUCGUGAUUGGUUGGUUACAACAAUAAAACAUGCAGAAUAAAAAUAAAUUAAAUAUAUUUUUCUAAAUAACGAGUCACAAAACUGACCACUUUUGUUUAAGCAAGCCAAGAACGUUUCCUGGACUUUUCAUUAUUUAUUUUAUUUUGUGCUAUUUUAUUGUAUCUUCCAAUAUUUUUUUCAGGAUGUAACUGAUCAUUGUGUUUUUAUUGCAGGCCAGAUCUUGCAAAGCCAGCAAGUACAUUGUACACACACAAUCUCUCGGGUGUUCUAGAGGCGGCAAUUAGAGCUACAAAUGCGCAGUUUGAAGAUCCUGAUAUUAUAAAGAGACUGGAUUGUAGAUUAUUAGAGGUAUUUGAAUGAUAUUUUGAAACAUUCUCAUCGUUACAAGUUUAACCAAAAAUUUAGUCUGUUCUGGUCAUCGGGUGCACGGAUUUCAUAUUUUUACACUGCUUUUUAAUUACGCUGCACUGAUAGACAAACAAACAAAGAACAUACGGAGUUGAAAACAUAACCUCAUGGUGGAGGUAAAAUUUUGGACCAGGAUUAUGAUUUCAUGCAAUAUCAUUCCAUGCAUCAUUCUAAUUCUUUCAAUGUGCGUGAAGUGCAUAUAAUCAAUAUAUAGCCUUUGAACUGACUGAUUCGAAUACUGGCCGCUACAAUUUUGCAUUAUUGUAUAUUUUUUGCAUUACCAGGCUAAUAAACAAUUUUUUAGCAGAGACUGUUGCUAUUCAAAGCGAAAUUAUAGCCCUGUACGUGAAAUGUGCAAAAAGCGCCAAAACGAGGCAAGUCAGUCUUCUUUGCUCAAUCUGGCACAAAUUUUUUUUUGAGAUUUAAUUUCUCAAAGACAAUACAUAGUAUUAUAUUUAUAUUUUGUAAAACUAAUAAUCUUGACGUUUCCUAUAAGGCGGCAGUGAUAGAAACUAAUUUCAGGAGAUUAACUAUGAAUUACAACCAUUUUUCGAGUCGGUCUAUAGACGUAGACUUAUAUGGUACAAUAAAGAAUUAUUAUUUUUUGUGUAUUAAAAUACACAAGUAUUUCCACUCGUACAUCUAUACACUAUAGUACAUUCUUUAGGUAUCCGUUGGAGAUUCUGGCUGGGAUGUUUUCAGUUUAUGUUAUAAAGUGGAUGGACCUAUUGGCACUGUAAGAGAAUGAUCCUGUUUAUUAUUUUGUCCUAUAUAGGAGCAUGUAUCACAUAUGCAGCUAUUUGGGAAGAUUUUAAAAAUCUUGUAGAGCAUGGUGUAAAAUGAAAUAUUUGUUGUUCAUACUGUGUGAUGUUUGUUUCUUGAAAUAAUUAUUUCGCAGGUGUUUACACCAGAAUGUACCCAAAUGUACUUGAGGAUUUUUAAUUUUCUCUGGCGAGCAAAGAGAAUGGAGUACAUCUUGACUUCUACUUGGAAAGCACAAAUGUCUUAUUCGAGAUUAUGUAGAUCAUUGCCAGGUAAGGCACGAUUUCAUACACGAUUGGUUUCCUGAUAUAUGUAGUUUUUAACAAAAUAUCAUAGCAGGAGAUUUUCGUAUGUUUCGUAGGAAUUGUUUUCAUCCUCUACAUGUUUAUGAAAAAAUAAGGUUGCAGUUAAAAGCAGAUAACUGAACUAUUUUCCAUAACUGGAUUUUGAGGAGACGUGCGUACACAACUCCCCCGAGAUCGUUUUGCACCACCAUAAGAUAGAAUAGAAUACAUUUGCUCACAAAAAAUAUUUACAAUGGAAAUAUAGUUAAAAUACAAUAAUAUAAAGGAGCUAGGGACCUUUUGAAAUCCUCUUGGACUUUUGAUAUAAGGCCCCUAUAUUGUUUUGAUUAAAACUAAAUACAUGAAUCUAAAUUGGUUCAAUAUAUAUCAUAUAUGUUUUAGCUAACAAUAUUUAUAUUUAAUCCAAAACUUUUUUGAAAAUAAUUUUGAAACAAAUGAUAGCGAUAUAUAUAUAUAUUACAUUCGAUAUUACAUUAAACGUCGUUUAAUAAAUGUAAUAUCCCUAUCAUUUGUUUCAAAAUAUUUAUAUUAACAAGUAGGCUAAUUUAAUUUUACUUUUUUCUUAAAGGAAAAAUACGAUUUUUGAUUUUUAAUUUCUUCAUCAAGACAAUUCCAUAUCGAAAUUCCCUUGUUAAGAUUUUUUGCUCUCCCCUGAAAAUAAAUGCACCUCCCCUUGAAAAAAAUAAACUGAUUGAUCAAAGUUUUUGUUUCAAACUUAAUAUUUCUACAAUAAAGUUCUUCUAUAAAGUUGUAACAGUGAUUAUUAUUUAUUCACCUCUGUGUCAAUUACCUUAUUAAUGCAACGUUCGAAAGAAACUUUCUAGUAUUGUAACGAUGGGGAAAAUUAGAUAAGUCAUACAAUCAUAAUUCAUAUAAAUAAAUUGGUACAUAUACGUACACCAGAGGCCAGAGCUGUCUAGAGACUUUUAGAAACCAGGGGGAGAAUACAACUUUGGCUUCCUCAUUUAUCCUGGGCAAAUUGCCCCGUCACUCCCCCCCCUUGCAGUAAGCCUAAAAUCCCAGGGAGGUUGGUAUCCAGACCGCUGCACCUCCCGUAAAUGUUCUUCCUCCUCCCCCAGCAUUUACGCCAAAAUCCGGCCUUGCAUUUUUUUUUCAGAACUUGCAGACGUCCUUCACACGUGUAACACACUUAACGCAGAGAUGAUACAUUUCAUUAAUCAAAUGCAGUAUUACAUCACAUUUGAGGUAAGUUCUAGCCUGCGUGCAGUUCCAUGGCAUCGUUGUGACGAUGUUAUGGGGCUACAUGUAUGCUAGUUAAGUUUCUGCGACGUACGAAGUUUUGCAUUGCAGUUAAAGGAUUUACAAAUAUGAUGUGUAUAUAGUAUUGGGAUGUACAGGGAAAAUUCACACGAGUAAUAUAUUCAUACAUGUGGAAACGUACUGUCUACAUGUCUGAAGAGUACUGGCGAUAAAUGUCCUUUUCUAUUUUUUGUUAAUUUUAAAGGUUUAUGCUUGAAACCGUCUUUCACGGUGUUCCACAACAAGAUCAGUAGCGACCAAUAGCAAGGUUCAUAAUACUUCUAUAUACUCAAUGCCAGCACUGCUGAUAUCUGGCUUUUCAUGUUUUCUUCUAGAUUCUAGAAUGUUGUUGGGCAGAACUUCUUAAGAAAGUCCAUGAAUCAACAAAUCUAGAUGAUAUUAUCGCAGCACACGAGGAUUUUCUUCACUAUAUUUUAUCAAGUUGUCUUAUUGAUAACCAGUCCAAGGUAAACACCUUUUGAAAUUGCUGUGUCCAAACGAAGUUAGACAUCGCGUUAUAUUCCGUGCGUUAGUUUGUUAGUUUGCUAGUUUGUACGGAAUCAUAAGCCUGGGUAUUUAUUAAAAAAUGGUACUGUAUGCAGGGAUGUAUAUAAUUACCAGAGGGGUUACUUCCCCCCCCCCAAAAUUUUGGAAGGGUUACUUUCUUCCCCAAUCCUGGAGUGAUUCGGACUCCUAAGAAAAUAAUUAAUGAUUGAGUAGGUAACACUCUGGUUUUGAAGUAAGGUUGUUUGAAGUAAGUAAAAAUUCAUAUAUUUUACAUAACUACAUGUGUUAAUAAAAUUAUUUCAUUUAAUAUUAUUAUUAUUAUGAACAACAUUGAAUUAUUCAUUCAAGGGGCCUACUUAGUAGCAUUUAAUGCUACUAAGUUAGUAUUUUGUAUUUUAUUAAAAUACCAGAAAGCAGUAUAUUAAAAGCAUGAAUUAAUAGCCAUUGGAAGAAUUUUGCGUCACACGUAAAGUUAGUUCGAUGGACGUCACCAUUGCCGCUGACCUAUACAAACUCUGUGCGCACGUCGCAGUUGAAGCGCACCUCCUUUCCCUCCUUCUUUCCCUUCCCUCCUUCUUCCCUCCUUUCCCUCCUUUCCCUCCUUCCUUUUCCUUUCCCUCCUUUCUUCCCCUUCCUCUUUAGGGUCAUUUUCUUCCCCAUGGCCCUGACAUUCCCCCCCCCCCAGAGGGGGAGGGGGCACAAAUGGUAAUUAUAUACACCCCUGAGGUCUGUAUGUCUUCGCCCUUUUGGUGCAUUUGUUUAAGCACCACACUGUAGUAUGUAGUACUAUGUCCGGUUAAAUUUUAAAAGGCCGACAGUUAUCAUGAAGCAAGAAAACGUUCUGUAUAGAAUAUAAAGUCUAUAAACAUGCAGUGUAGUGUGCACACAUUUUUAUUAUUAUAUGUACAUAUUCAAACUUUACUCUCGUUCCUUUUUGAAAAUCCCCAGAUCAUUCUCAAUUUCCCGUAGCUCUCACUGCCACUAUCGCUACCUCUCACAUGCUUAAUACGUAUUUGAUUGGUUAAUCGGGUAGAUUAAAUGAAUCUGAUUCGUUAAUGGUGACGGUCUCUGGGUGACGGUAGUGGAAGUCAGAAUGUGAACCUCUCUAAUUUCGCUGCUGCUGUGAUCUGUGUACAAUAACACUUUUUUAUCGAACUUGGGUCCAAAAAGAGUUACACGCUCUAGAGCCCAAGCUCCCAGCGAGACUGCCAGCUUGUGCAAAAAGCGUGCGAAAAUCUAGACGCCAAAACAUAAUAACUUGUGGUAGAUUUGCUUCUUUAAACAAAGAAGAAUUGUUCAAAUUAUUGUUCGAGAGCAAGUUGAGGACAGCUCCAAACGAGCGAAGGCCUUUUCUUCAGAGUGUUAACUCUCGCUCUAUGGUGCUGUUGUUACUCUUUUUAAGACUGACAAAUAUCAAUAUCACGAUCUCCAAGCUUACAGAUUUGUAACAAUCAUAUUAUUUUCUUUCAGGACAUGUUAGAUCAAUUGCGAGCAAUAUUUGAUCAAAUUAUCAAGUUUCAAGCCACCCAGGACACUUUAUUUUCCCGAGCUUUGUUUGAGUUGGAGUUGAGAAAGAAGAAAACUGAUGAGAUUAAAGAAAAUACUGAAGAGGUUGGUGGGGACUCGUGGCCUAAACUUAUUAAUACAUCUCGAAAAUGUUUACAUUCAGGUUUGAUUAACUUUGCUUGUGGUGGGUGGGCACCCUGCCAGCCCAUGAAGGAAGGUAUGCCCUGCAAUGUCCCUAUCCAAUUUGCAUAUUAAAUUUUGAGCCUAAGAGAUGUUGUCAACCUUACUUCCUGAGAUGCUUAGAGUCCUAUGAUCAAGCCCACCUCUACAACCUGGGCUCAUCCUGCUAACAUCGCCUACGGAUUAUCUACAUCUUAACCUGAAAUCUGAUCCAUUAUUUGGGUUAAGCUACAUUACAAAUAUAAUAUGUAUUUCAAAAUAGGGUCCUGCCAAACAAUAUUUGAUUGAAGGCAUUUGAUUUAGACUUUUCUUUACCUUACCUAUUUUUCACAGUUUCUAUUUUUUUUUAAAUCAAAUGUCUAACGAAGUUAUUAAUUAAUGACAUGAUGUUGCUUUAGGGACGCUGGGGGUUGACUGCGGCCGAGGAAGAGAGAGAAGAAUGGAGACAAGAGGAUUUCAGAACAGAAUUUUUACCUGUUCAACGAGCACAACUGCAAAUCGUUUCUCAAUCUUAUGAGGUGAGUGCAGAAACAUUUGGUGAAACAAUAUUUAACAAUUAUUCGCCAAAGGCGAGGUGAUUAUCGGGGAUAUUUUGUGUUUUUGGGACUGAAUUUUUUUUAAUUUUACUUAUUUCUUUAUAAGUAACUGCCACAAAACGGCUAGCCGCCAUUUUGCAAAUUUCGAUUUUGUUAUAUUCACCUGUAUUUGUAGGUGAAUAUUUAACAAUUAUUCGCCGAAGGCGAGGUGAUUAUCGGAGAAUAUUCGACGAGACGAAGUCGAGGUGAAUAUUCCCCGAUAAUCACCGAGCCUAAGGCGAAUAAUUGUUUUAGUAUUUUUGUGUUUUUUUGGGACUGAAUUUAUUUUAAUUUCGCUUAUUUCUUUAUCAGUAUAAUGCCCACACAACGGCUAGCCGCCAUUUUGAAAAUUUCGGUUUUGUUGUAUAGGUGAAUAUAACAGCAGUAAUACGUCAAAUUUGACCAAUCAAUUUGUAGGAUUUGUUAUUUUCACUUGUGCAAAAAUACUAAAUUGCCGUAUUUACUGUUUGAACUACCUGAAAAAGAUCUUCGUCAGACGUAGGAUCAAGUAGCUACGACAGCAGUAGACUGAUGUACUUAUAUACACCGGUCCCACAUUUGGUGAAACAAACACGAAUAUAUACAACUUAUACUUUAUAAUCCUUUUUGUUUGUGGAAACACCACGUAAAUUUAUUACUGCAAAGCUUUCGAUCCGUAAGCCCGGAUCUUUAUCAGUGCUAAUAAUAUGUCAUUAUUAUUAGCACUGAUGAAGAUCCGGGCUUAAAGAUGCUGUACAGUCCGAUCUGCGCAUGUGCACAAAGGAGCCCUCUUUUUAUUAUACAAACAGUUUAUUUAGGUUUUUAUUUCAUUUUAUGUUCUUGCAAAGCUUGAUUGUUGUGUCUUGAUAAUUUAUUAUACUCUAAAAUCAUGAAAAUAUAAAUAAUUGUCGAAUAAAAUUCAAUAUUUUGGAUACCGAAAUGUAAACAAAGCCUUUGUUUACAUACGGACUGUACCGCAUCUUUAACGGAUCGAAAGCUUUGCAGUAAUAAACAAAACAAAAUGAUUAUAUGUUUUAUCGCCAUGCAAACCUACAAAGAACUUAUAACUUAUAAGAAUUUAACGGCUUGUAGGUUCGCUUUUCAAACCAGAGCAUUUCAAGUAUUUUUGAAAUCAUUGGUAUCUAAAUUAAAACUAAACUAAAUUUCUAAACUGUUCGUUUUGAGAAGACCUGCAGUUUUCGGUUGAUUGACUGAAAGCAUUCUUGCAUGCGAUAUUGCAUGAACUUAAAUCGCAUUUGUUUUCAAAAUACAUCAAUGCUGUAUAUUUGCUGUUUUUUUCUGGUUAUUUUAUCCCAACGACUUACAGAGAUCCCCACCAUUUGAGCAUUGUUCUAUUUAUUUCAGAAUCUUGUCGAACAAUUUCUGUUGAAGUUAACAAGUCAUUCAGAUGUCAACUUGAGAUUUUUAAGUUUCCGUCUGGAUUUCAACGAACACUACAAGAAGAAAGAGCCGCGCUUGCGCAGUACGCUCUCAGUCAAGUACACAAGAAGAAAGGGUUUUCCAGGAAAACAAAAGAUCGAUUCAAACUGA